CUGACCCACAAGUUCCACUGAGUGCUCUGGGAACUCGCAACAGACCCCAGCCCUGCCUGCUAUCUCUAAAUCCAAGACCUGUGCCCCGACAGACAACAGACACAGCCCAGCCCGCCAUGGCCCAGUUCCUGAUGGUCACGGUAACCCUCGGUUGCAUCAGCCUCCUCUACCUGCUCCCGGGCACGCAGUCUGGCGGCCUGAGCAGGGGACUGAAGCUCUCCAGACCCAGAGAAUCCCCAGCAAAGAAUCCUUCCAGUGGCCUGCAGCCUGGACACUCUUCACUCCAGCCUGUAGUCUGGAAGCCUCAUCAUGCUCCCCAGCCACAGGGAAGGGGCAAUCCGACCCUUGCUAUGGUUCAUCUUCUUCAGAGUGGUGGCUCCCGACAUCCAGGUCCCCAGAGACAUUUGGGACCCCGAAGACCCCAUGCCCAGCUUCUACGGGUUGGCUGUGUACUGGGCACAUGCCAGGUGCAGAAUCUCAGCCAUCGCCUGUGGCAGCUCGUCCGGCCAUCUGGCCGGAAGGACUCAGCUCCUAUGGAUCCCAGCAGCCCUCACAGUUAUGGCUGAUGUGGGUCCUAGACGGUCCACUUGGAGUGCUGUACUCCAAUCCCAGAGCUGCAGCUGAGCUCCACAUCCUGGCCCAGUUCUCUGAAGCUCCUGCUAGCAGCAAUUCCUCAUGGCUUUGGAUACUGUAAACCUAAACCUAUGAGGAUAUGUGGAUCUAGUCUGUGGAAUCUGCACCCCCAGGGACCUGUGCAUCCCAGAACUGUGCACACCCCAGGAACAGGUGCUUGGCAGGAGUGUUGACAGUAUCACAAGCCACAGAGAACUUGAGAGGGGGAGUGUGUCUAAAGAAAUAGAGCACAAAGCUAGAGUCUUAAUUAAACACAGCCCCGCCUAUGACUAAGCAGGAGAAAGGCUAGAGUGGCCCCUGUGAUGACCCCCACCCCCACUGGGAAUU